UCGGGGGACCCAGGCGUCCGGGCCUAGCAAAGGGUUAAGGACCCAUAGAGCCCCGCGCGCGGGGGGCAGGGCGGCGGGGCCUGGCGGCGGUGGCUGGGCGGGCCUGCAGAGGUGCCACCGCCGGCGCCAUGGGGGAGAAGCCCAACGCGUGCCCGUACUGCGGGAAAGGUUUCCGCCGGAGCUCCCACCUGACGCGGCAUCUGGGCACCCACGGGGGUGGCGCGGCAGCCCCGGAGCGCGCCGGCACCCCGCCGCCUGCGCCGCGGCCCUACGCCUGCGAGCGGUGCGGCAAAGCCUUCGGGCGCAGCGCCCACCUGGCCCGCCACCGCGAGACCCACUCGGGCGAGCGGCCCUACCGCUGCGGCUGCUGCGGCAAAGCUUUCCGCCGCAGCGCCCACCUCACCCGCCACCGCGGCACCCACACGGGCGAGCGGCCCUUCGCCUGCGGCCUCUGCGGCAAAGCCUUCACCCGCGCCGCCCACCUCACCCGCCACCGCCUCACCCACACGGGCGAGCGGCCCUUCGCCUGCGGCGACUGCGGCAAGAGCUUCGCCCGCGCCGCCCACCUCACCCGCCACCGCACCACCCACACCGGCGAGCGGCCCCACAAGUGCACCGGAUGCGGCAAGGCCUUCGCCGCUGCCGCCCAUCUCCUCCGGCACCAGCGCACCCACCGCGCUUAGACGCCCGCCCCGUGCUCCCUUUUUCCUGCCCCUUUCCUCUUUUUCGCCGGGUGGGAAGACCCAGCACCCCUUCCCGCCGCAGCUCCGGGUCCGCCGCCUCCGUCCGGGGCUGCCACACGCUGUUUUUUUCUCCCCCCCCUCCCGUCCUGACUGCUGCAGGGGGGGAAUUGGACUCACCCCUUCGCCCCGCCAUCGACCGGUGGGGGAAAAUCCUUCCUGUUUUCCCUCUGUAGAGCCUCAGGCUCUUGGAGUCCCGGGACUGGGGCAAAAAUCGGAGCUUUCCGCUCAACGCCGUCUCGGUAGCUCUCAGACAGGACUCAUCCGACCGUAUUUUCUUCUCUCAGUGCAAGGAAGCUCCUAAUUUAGCGGCGGGGCAUCUCCUCCGCCACCCGCAGGCGUCAGCCCCUCCGGGACUUGCUGUGCUCAGCCUCUCCGAAGGGUUCCUCGCUUUCUCGCCGGUCCUGCCGGAGGAAGACGGCCUCGGAGGAAAGCCCAGACAUCAGUUUCUGUCUCGAGGAAGCCAAGGUUAGCGUUGUCUCGUGCCGGCGGCUGCCAGGAAACCCAGAGGCGAGAGACUUCUUUAAGACAGAGCUGCCUCGAUGGUUUUCCGGGCCAAACCAGCGGCGCGGUGGGAUGAGCCCUACCCUGCCGUAUCCUCCUGUCACAUCUCUCCGGAACGAAGUGUCUAUGUCAAGGCUCGUCAUCCGGUGCCGCCUGAGGAAAGGGCUUGAGAUGGUGCUUUCCUGAGCAGCCUUCUCGGAGCAUUUCUUGCUCCCAAGAUGGCCCUCGCUGGAGCCGGGUUUUAGUGUUUUUUGUGGGGUUUUUUUUUGUGUGAAUUUUCCAUAUGAAUUUCCAGUGUCCUUA